AUUUUAGUUCUCCUUUUUGUGAAAAAAACUUUUGGAGUGCUUAAGUCAUUUUCGCUGUACCAAUUUUCUGGAUAAACCUCUCUUUUCAUAGCUGCUUCAAAAUUAAAAGCAUUAGAUUCACUUUUCUUGCUUUAUGAUAUACCUAUACCCGUAGAAACCCAUUCACUCCUCGUUUUUCAUCUCACACCAUUCCUUUGAACCAAAAGAGAGAGAGAAAGAAAGAGAAAUAAAUAAAUGUCGAAAAUCUCUGUAUUGUUCUCCUUCACAAUUAAAAUCUCUGUAUUGUUCUCCUUCACAAUUAUUGCUGUUUGGGUUUUUGCAAAUUGUUCAGAAUCAAAGCUAGAUGUUGGGAUUUAUGAGCUGAAGAGAGGAGAUUUCUCUCUCAAGCUCACCAACUGGGGUGCUACCAUUGUCUCCCUUGUUCUUCCUGAUAAACAUGGAAAGUUGGCGGAUGUUGUUCUUGGGUAUGAUUCAAUCAAGGACUACAUGAACGACACAACAUAUUUUGGUGCCACGGUUGGACGUGUUGCGAACAGGAUUGGGGGUGCUCAAUUUACUUUAAAUGGAACACAUUAUAAGCUAGUUGCUAAUGAAGGGAAAAACAUGCUUCAUGGUGGGUCCAUAGGAUUCAGUGAUGUCGUUUGGAAGGUGAAAAAUUACCAUGAUGAAGGUCAUUCACCUUAUAUCACCUUUAGCUAUCACAGCUUUGAUGGUGAAGAAGGAUUUCCCGGUAAUCUUCUUGUCACCGUGACCUAUGCCCUUGUUGAACAAGGUAUGUCUGUGACAAUGGAAGGCAAAGCUCUAAACAAGGCCACUCCAGUGAACCUAGCACAACACGCCUAUUGGAACCUUGGUGGCCACAAUAGCGGUGACAUCUUGUCUAACGAGAUCCAGAUAUUUGGGUCCCACAUAACUCCUGUCGACAAGGGGCUCAUUCCCACUGGAAAAAUUGCUUCUGUGAAGGGUACACCCUAUGACCUCCUUGAACCCACCACCAUUGCAAGCAAAAUCAAUAAGCUUCCUAAUGGUUACGAUAUCAAUUAUGUCCUUGACCGUGGUGAUAGCAAAAGGUUGAAGAAAGCUGCCAUGGUGCACAAUAAGAAGUCGGGAAGAGUAAUGGAGCUAUUUACUAAUCAGCCCGGUAUGCAGUUUUACACCGGUAACUUUAUCAAGGACGUGAAGGGGAAAGGUGGAUUUGUUUAUCAAGAUCAUGCCGGUUUGUGUUUGGAGACGCAAGGAUUUCCUGACUCGGUGAACCACCCUAAUUUCCCUUCCCAGAUUAUUUUUCCUGGAAAGAAGUACAACCACCGUAUGCUGUUCAAGUUUUCAACCAAGGCUACAUAAAACCUUCCGAGUCAAGAAUUAUAUUUUUAGAAUUUUACAAAUCAUCUGUUACGAGCCUUGAAAUAGGCGAGAAGAUGAUGUUUUUUAAUUUACUUUCCUUUUUCUCUGUUGUUUUCUCCCUCUGUUCAGAAAAAUUUGCCGAAAGCGAUUGAAUAAUCUUGGCCUAAUAAUGUUAGAACUUCAGAGGAAGUGGAAAAACUUGAGCAUGUUGUUUUCUUGUUAAAGCUUUUGUGUUUGGACA